AUGUCUUCGCAGAGGAGACAAAUGAUGCAGCCAUGGCCACUGUGCCUGAUGCCAUUUUCAAAAUCCAAGGAGCGUACCAUCCUCCCAAAGUAUUACACCAGGGUACCCUCGAUCGCCAGAUCCGCGACGACGUCAUCGAGUCUCGUGUCGGACUGUGCAUCAAAUGCUACCCUGGUAACCAACGCCAGUCCCUUCAACAGUCAAAUCACAUUAAUAACGGAUAGAAAAGGCAGCUAUCCCAAUGGAAGUAACGCCGCGAGUCAUUACUAUGCUGAAAAUCUGAGGAACAAUCAUCAAAGUGGAUUGAAGGGCUCGCAGAUUUAUAACAUGGAAAAGGCAACCGACGCUGAUUACAAGCAGCUAAAUCCGCUCUUGUGCAACAAGGAGCACACAGAGAGUCCCGACUCGAAAGAUCCAAUGGAUAUGCAGGACGUCAAGCAGAAGACGGCGGACAGCGUGCCGCUUACGUCAUAUCAAUUUCAAAGGGAGACAAAACCAGAAAAGGCAGGAUAUGGUGCUCAGGUACUCGCGGCCUUAUCGGUAUCGUUGGGAUCGAUGGUGGUCGGAUUUUCGUCGUCCUAUACGUCACCAGCUCUCAUAAGCAUGUACAACGAUACUAAUACGCCGUUACAUCUGAAUGCACAAAUUGAAUCGUGGAUCGGCAGCAUUAUGCCACUUAGCGCAUUAUUUGGUGGAAUUGCUGGUGGUCCGAGCAUCGAAUAUCUUGGAAGAAGAAAUACCAUUUUAGCCACGGCCUUUCCAUUUAUCGCAGCCUGGCUGUUGAUCGCCCUGGCUACUAAUAUCGGAAUGAUCCUGGCUGGAAGAGCUUUGAGCGGCUUUUGCGUGGGCGUCGCAUCCCUCGCCUUACCCGUAUACUUAGGCGAGACAAUCCAACCGGAAGUCCGAGGAACAUUAGGUUUACUACCGACGGCCUUUGGUAAUACCGGAAUUUUGUUAUGCUUCGCAGCCGGUAUGUACCUAAACUGGUCGCACCUGGCCCUACUCGGUGCAACACUGCCGAUACCAUUUAUGAUCCUGGUGUUCAUGAUCCCUGAGACUCCAAGAUGGUUCAUCUCCAAAGGCAAGACGAAGAAGGCCCGCCAAUCUCUGCAAUGGCUUCGUGGCAAGAACAGUGACAUAUCCGAGGAACUAACUGCAGUUGAGAAAUCGCACGUUGACAGUGAAAGAAACGCCUCUCAGAGUGCCUGCGUUGAACUUUUCAAAGGAAAUAACUUGAAGCCACUUCUGAUCUCUCUCGGACUCAUGUUCUUCCAACAGAUGUCUGGUAUCAAUGCCAUUAUCUUCUACACCGUUGAAAUCUUCCAGAAUGCUGGCAGCACCAUCGACCAAAACAUCUGCACGAUCAUCGUAGGCAUCGUGAAUUUCCUGUCCACGUUCAUAGCCACCGCUCUGAUAGACAGGCUAGGACGCAAGGUUCUUCUUUACAUCAGUAGCGCGUCAAUGAUCCUGACACUGGUGACUCUAGGAUUCUUCUUUUACCAAAAAGAAAGCGGAGCUCAUGUUGCAUCCUACGGAUGGUUGCCACUUGCUAGCUUGGUCAUCUACGUAAUUGGCUUUUCCCUUGGCUUUGGACCAAUCCCAUGGCUCAUGAUGGGUGAAAUACUUCCGGCCAAGAUCAGAGGAUCAGCAGCCAGCAUUGUCACCGGUUUCAAUUGGUCGUGCACGUUCAUCGUGACCAAGACCUUUAAAGACCUCAGCAGGGCCGUCGGUGACGGUAACACCUUCUGGCUCUUCGCUGUGAUAUGUGUCGUGGGUUUGAUCUUCGUUGUGAUAGCAGUACCUGAGACACGAGGUAGGUCCUUGGAGGAGAUAGAGAAGAGGCUAACGGGACCAGUGAGAAGAAUGAGUGCAGUCGCUAACAUGAAGCCAAUGCCGACGGCGUGUUAGUUUAUCAAGUUGGAUGAUCUUUACUUGCGCCAAAAAGUGAGAGAAUUGAUGAAAAUCAUUCGUCGUAGUCAUUUCCGGUAGAUUGUGUAGUUCAAAAGUAGUUCAGACGUCCGUGCGGCACAUCGAUCGUGUCUUGUCAGGGCGAGGAGCGGCACUGGAAAAACAUAAGCGCGACAGGAACCUAAUGAAUUACGAAUCUGUUGAAAAGCUCCAUACCAAAAUAUUGGAAACAAUUGAUCUGCCAUACUUUCAAUCACUAUCAGUGAUCAAUUUUCUUCAACUGACUUGCUCUCUUUCUCUUUAUUAUUUAAUCAAUUUUAUAUCGACUUUUCCGUCGCAGUGCCCCUCGUCGCCCUACUCGUACCUUUGCACUAUUUAUUUAAAAUUUGUUCAGUCUAAUUUUCAUUCGGACACGUUUUUAAAACUUCUGUACUGCGAUAUCUUAAGGCCGUGUUUCUACUGUUCCGUGGUUAUACCAUGGGGAGUACGAAAAUUAUUCGUCAAUCGUCGACAUCGUUAAUGAUUAUUAUCUAUAUAGAUAAAGACUGUGAUACGACGUCGAUCAUUGUCUUUCCAUUUUUAUUCUUUAAUUUUGAUUUUAACUGACAGACACGAGGAGGUCCGCGUGGACUGCUCAAAAGACAAAAGAAUUCUCAUUCUCGUAUUUACCUAGCUCGUUCCUAUGGGACUCUAGAAUCCCUUGUGACUUCUUGAUCUACGUCAGGGUCCAUUGUGAUACAUCAGAGUCUUGCAUUUGAAUAUAGGAGAUGACGGAUAAGUAAUUGCUGUUGACUAGAUGUAUAGCUUCUGUUUUUUGUUAUUCGACAAUCCUACAGAGUCUACCUCAAGCCAAUAAUGUUGCACGGAUGCGUACAGAUUUACCAACGGUAUAUAUGGAGGUAUCAUUACUUAUUGUUAUCAAUUAUUUAACUAAUUGAAAUAUAUGCGCACGCGCGUCUAAGCCUAUGCGCGUGGGCAUAUAUGAUAUAUUUAGAUAUAGAAAAAAAAAUAUAUAUAUAUAUAUGUACGAAUGCGUAUAUAUGAAUAGUCACAGGCUUGCGUAGCUAUUUUUGGUCGACAUGUAGAUAGUUCGUGUAAAUAUUACAAAUGCGACAGAAAGUGUAUUAGAUAAUAAGGGACAAUAGUAGAAAAUAUAUUUUUUAAAUAAGUCAACUAGUAAAAACGAUACCCAAUAUGAGUCUUAAACGAAUUCCACUAGUACUUUAAAAUUUGAAAAUGAAAAUAUUUAGAGUAUAGUCGAAGGUAGAGACAAUUGAAAGCUUUAAAAAUUUCGGAGGGUAAGAUUAAUUCGUUGAUCGACUAUUCUUAUCUUUGUUGUUAUUAUUAUUAAUAUUAUUAUUAUUAUCGAGGGCAUACGCGAGAAUUGAUUCUUACACGGUGACGUACGUAUGUACUUAAACUUUUUUUGAUUCGUAUAAUUCAGUGCUUUUGCUUUUGAAAGAACAAAAAUAAGGAAGAAAUCGUUUGUGAAAUUAAAUUGUUUUGAAUCUCAUCCUUGCGUAGUAGCAAGUGGUGAUACCUGAUAAUGUCACUUAAUAAUUUAAUCGUAGUCAUGAAUGUCAAUAGGGAUAACAAUUGUCUCUUUAGUUUUUAUAAAAAUUUUAAUAGUGCAUACUGUAUAUUUAUUCUGACAAGAUUUCAUUCUAGAAUGAUACGAUAUAUAAUUACUUCAGGUUCUGAUUACCUGCUGUUACAAAGUACGAUGAGUCUAUGGUAGCCUUAAUGCCUUGAAUAUUAAAACGACAAGUACAAUAAUUGUUUUUCAUUGAAAGAUUUAUUGAUUGUGAAUUUUUAACGAGUGUUACAAUAGGCAGAAAUAUAUGAUCUAUAUUUUUGAAAAAAUGCAUAGAGUUUUUGGACAUUAGAACCUAAUGUCCAAAACAGUUUUGAACUUUAAAACUUAAUUAUUGUAGAGGUACUUAUUGUAUGUAAGAUUUAUGAAGAGAGCAUUCGGUAAACUUUAAAUAUUUUGGAUAAUUUAAUACUCAAGAUAAGUUUAUACAGACACUGUACAUUCCAGAUACUUUUAUGACAAUGGAACGAUACAGAUAUAUCUUUAUGUAAAA